AGCGGUCUCAGCGCGUGCAAGAAACAUUCGUCUCGUGUAGUCAACGUGCAAUCUGAACGCAUCCCUUCGUGCUCGUGCGGGCGGCAGCAUUGCGCAAUCCUCGAGUUCCUCGACCAAUCGCAGCGCCGUACGUCAACGCCGAGAGAACGCAACACUGCGAUUCAUCACACAGCGAUAACGCGACGACGCCCUUUUAAUUCGUUUCGUGAUUGAACAAUUCAAUUUAUUUACCGCAUUAGUAAAUUACUUGUGACUCGUGUAUUAGUGUAUUCUAGUAGUGUAAUAUUGUUUAGUGAUUGUAAAGUGUAGUGAUUGUUUAGAGCAUUUUAUACAGAAUUGUAAAAAUGUCAGACACCGAACAAAAAGAGGCAAUAGCCGCGCGAGGUCGCGCCAAAGGCUCAAUCACACGUUUAAAAAACAGCUUUGACCGAGAAGCGCUCAUAAAUUCGCCGAUAGAGUUAGUGCAAGCAAAGAAAACUAGGCUUCUAGAAGCCUUUCGCGAAUAUGAGCGCCUCACUAGCAAGGUUGCCUCGCUUUUUUCCUCCCCACCAGCUACUCUCGCCACCGAUGACGAGGAGGUGGAAGAUAACUACAUUUUGUUGAUAGCACAGUUAGAUAGCAUCAUAAAUGUUAUCCGCCUACGGGACAAUCCUCCUCAAGUGAGCGCUACCAGCAGCAGCGAAAAUGGCGUAAGUGUCAAGUCGGAGAACCUCAAACUGCCUCGAGUCGUCAUAAAAACAUUCACAGUUGUCAAACAGCAUCUUGCUGCUCUGCAAAACCUGGGUGAGCCGGUAGAUAAGUGGGAUGCCAUAAUAAUUUGCAUCCUAUCUAAGAAGAUUGACCUGCCUACCUACAGAGCAUUUCAACUGGAGCGAGAUAACAAUGUGUCGCCCACGGUAAAAGAAUUCCUAGGUUACGUGGAAAAACGUGCCCUAGCAUUUGAAAACACUGACAUGCAGAAGGGGCCUUCGCAGAGCUUUGUCAACCAUCCUGUGGCUGCACAAGCAAAGCCGUCCGCGCAUCAGCCUCAGCUGCAAUGUUUAUACUAUUCUUCUGAUGCAGACGAAGAAUAAUGGAGACCAAGCAACCAAACAGCCUAUCGUAACUGCGGGCAGUGCAAGUACUCCGGCACCGAGCUUUACAACCUCGAGUGCUGCAGCUUCAAGUACUUCAAUAGCAUGCGCCGCUACGCCACAAGGUCCUACACUAGUGCAGACAUCAUUUGGCGUGAUCAUCGG